AUUACAUAAAAAACACAACAGAAAUGGCAAGCAUGGCAUUCACUAACUCUCUCACAAGGCUCCAAUCCACCAAGAAACUGGACAUCAUCUUUCGCAGGCCUAACACUUCUGUUUUUGCUCCUCAGGCGAGGAGAUGUUACGGUGCUAAGUCUAAAUUUGAUGACGCGGCCAAUCAAGGUUGCGACGCUGCAAAGAAGGGGGUCGAUGCGGCUAAGAAGGGUGCCGAUGACCUGAAGAAAGAGGCUUUUGCAUCUGCAGAUCAGGUUGGUCAAAAGGCGGGAAAUGUCGCGGGAAAGAUUUCAGGGACGGCCCAAGAUGCGGCGAGCAAAGUGAAGGACGUGGCACAGGAGGCUGCCGGAAAAGUGCAGCAGACAGCGGAGAGCGCGUGGGGCACCGUCAAAGACACCACUCAGAAGGUGAAGGACACGGUGGUGGGAAAGGCCGACGCCUCCGCCGAGUCGGCUAAAGCCGCCGUCAGGGAAGGGGCGGCCAAAGUCGACCGCACCAUCAACUCUAAGAAUUGAAUCAAUUAACUAAAGUCUACUAUGACUAUUGUAUUAUUUUUAAUAUGAUCUAUAUUAAUUACCAUGUUCAGUUUAACGAUUAAUAUGUUAUAGGGAAUAAUCUCAGCCGCAAUGUGCCUGAGAUAGGUCUUUUGUCUUGUUGGGAUAAAAAUGUUAGUAGGUUGAUAGUUCUUGGUGUCCCCAUUUGUAAUUCGAUGGGUAUAUAUUGAUAUGUUUGUAAAUAUUGAGUAUGUAUAUGAAAAUAUUCAGUGUGUUAAAAA